UUCCAAUUUGAAUCCAACCUACAUACUUUAUACACUCAAACAACCUACAAAGAUUUUUUUUAAUCUUAAAAACGCACGUGUAAUCGAUUGCGUAAAUAUGAGUCACUCGGGGCGGGUUGGUUGGUUUUAGAAAGAAAAUUAGGACAAAUCCGGUUCGAUUCUAAAUCGAUUUAAUAACAUUUUCGAUUAUUUUUUAAACCAACCCCGACUAAAAUCAACUUUCUCAAAUCAAACUUAUUUUAUCCCAUAAAUUAUUAAAUCUUAUUACUAUUAAUUUUUAGAUAUAACAAGUAUGAGUGAAACGAAAAUAUCUUUUACCUUGAGUAUGUGCUCAAAAAGUGGUAGAGGCACGAAACGGACAAGUAAAAAAAAGAAAAAGUUACUCUUAAAAACCGCGUGUAACUAAAAUAAGAGCACUUGGGUUGGGUUUCGGUCAGUUCCAUCCAACAUUUCGGACGGUGAACGUCUCAAAAGGGAUGAUUCAUUUCAAAAAAUGAUUUUCCUUUUCGUUUUAAACUUAAUUUUGGCGGCGUUAAUUUCCGGUUCGCCCGACAAUCAAAAAUGUUUAAAAACCGUUUCAAACACAAAACUUUUGUGCUUUUAUAGUGAAAUAACGACUUUAAAGGGGUGCAAGUGUACGCACGUGAUCGUUCCAUCGACUCUCCAAUCCAAAAUCAUCAACAAAUUAAAAGAAUCAAACCAUGAAGUUAAAAUUUUCGUCACAAUCACCGAACUAAAUCAACCGACGAUUUCUUUGAUUAAAUCGUCAAACCCACACGGGUUAAAUUUAAAUUUAAACUCAUUCGAGAAAAUAACCUCCCCUAACGACAUUUUAGACGUGAUUACAACGCUUCGAGCCAAACUUAACGAAAAAUUAGAAAUAAUCGUGACUGUGCCGUCGAAAAUCGACGUUUUAGCGAGAUUUUACGACUUUAAGCGAUUAAAAAAGCUUGGGAUUGAAGCUUUUGUGCUACAAAGUGAUUUUUUGACUGACUCGAAAGCUGUUACUUUCCAUCCUAGUCGAUUAUCAGGACUUUUUGAUGUCCAAAACACUGAUUCUUUAGUUGAUUUAGUAACUAAUUUAGGUUUAUCGGAAUCGAAGCUAAUUAUAUCAAUUCCAGUGCAAGGAUAUCAUUUUAAAUUGAAGAAUGAAACCGAAACGAGUCGGGGAAGCCCAGCGAUUGAGGUUAAAUCAAUUAAUAGGGAUGAAAUGUGCAAGAAAAUUGGGGAAUUUAGCGAUUGGAAGGAAGGAAGGGAUCAAGAUUUAACCGGAGUUUAUAUUUAUCGCAAAACCGAUUGGAUUUCAUUCGAAGACUCAAUCAGCAUCGACAUCAAAGCAAAAUACGCCCGAAUUCGCGGAUUAUACGGUUUGGCACUAAAAGAUUUAUCACAAGACCUCUCACCAAACUUAAACUGUCAGAAUCAAACGUCAAUUUUAGACGCCACCUAUCGGAGUUUGUCGAAACAACCCCGAGCGCCAAGAGGCGCCAUCUUGCAAAGUUUAAAGCGCGAAAUUGUUUAUAAAGAAAACGAUUUAAACUUUGAAGUUAAUAAUAACCUUCCGUGCCCCCAUCAAGGUUAUUUCGUAAACCCUGAAGAUUGCAACCGAUUUUAUCGCUGCGUACAGUUCUACCAACCAACGAAAAACAACCCAACCUCGAAAAAUUCGUUCACAAUUUUCCAAUUUUCUUGCCCUUCCGGUUUAACGUUCGACGAACGUUACGAGGUAUGCACUUGGCCUUUAAAUCUUGAAAACACCACCAGGUGUCAUGGUAGUAGCGAAAUCGCGCCAAAAAAACAAUUUAAUUGUCCAUCGGAAGUCGGUUUUUAUGCAGAUUUAAGCGAUUGCAGAUGGUUUUAUGCGUGUUUAGAUCACGGAUUAGACGAUCAUUUAACCGCGUACGAAUUUCGAUGCCCGUUUGGGUUAGUUUUCGACGAAGAAAAGUUAAUGUGCGAGUGGCCUUGGAUGGUUGCGAGAUGUUCUUUUGAAUCAACAUCAAUUAAUAUCGAUGUUUAUGGCGGAAAUUCAAAAGAAUCAAUUGGAAUUUAUGGCGGGUUAAAUACUUAUGAUGGAUUAGGUGUUUUAAAAAGCGUUAAAUUGGUUGAAUUUGAUGAUCAAAGCAAGAAUGUGGGAAAUUUAUAUCAAAAUAAUUUGAAUUUGAAUCAAAAUUAUGGCUCAAACAUAAAAAAUGAUGGUUUUGAGGUUAAUUUGGGUCAAAAGUUUGAUCAAAAUGGAAAAACUAAUUUGAAUUCAAACAUUGGCCAAUUUGGGGUUAAUUCUGGCACCUAUGGGGUUAAUUUUGACAAAAAUGUGAAUGGAAAUGUUCAAAAUUAUGGCUCAAACAUCAAAAGUGAUGGUUUUGGGGUUAAUUUUGGUCAAAAAGUUGAUCAAAAUGGAAGAAUUAAUUUGGCGGGAAAUUUGAAUUCUAAUCUUGGUAAAUUUGAGGUUAAUUUUGAUAAAAAUGAGCAUGGGAAUGUUCAAAAUUAUGGCUCAAACAUUAAAACUGAUGGUUUUGGGGUAAAUUUCGGUCAAAAAGUUGAUCAAAAUGAGAAAAAUUCGAAUAUUGGUCAAUUUGAGGUUAAUUCUGGCGCAUUUGGGGUUAAUUUUGAUAAAAAUGAGGAUAGAAAUGUUCAAAAUUAUGGAUCAAACAUCAAAACUGAUGGUUUUGGGGUUAAUUUCGGUCAAAAAGUUGAUCAAAAUGAGAAAAAUUCGAAUAUUGGUCAAUUUGAGGUUAAUUCUGGCUCCUUUGGGGUUAAUUUUGAUAAAAAUGAGAAUAGAAAUGUUCAAAAUUAUGGAUCAAACAUUAAAACUGAUGAUUUUGGCCAAAAAGUUGAUCAAAAUGAAAGAAUUAAUUUGGCGGGAAAUUUGAAUACCAAUAUUGCUCAAUUUGAGGUUAAUUCUGGCGCCUUUGGGGUUAAUUUUGAUAAAAAUGAGCAUGGGAAUGUUCAAAAUUAUGGCUCAAACAUAAAAAGUGAUGGUUUUGGAGUUAAUUUCGGUCAAAAAGUUGACCAAAAUGAGAAAAAUUCGAAUAUUGGUCAAUUUGAGGUUAAUUCUGGCACCUUUGGGGUUAAUUUUGAUAAAAAUGAGCAUGGGAAUGUUCAAAAUUAUGGCUCAAACAUAAAAUCUGAUGGUUUUGGGGUUAAUUUCGGUCAAAAAGUCAAUCAAAAUGAGAAAAAUUCGAAUAUUGGUCAAUUUGAGGUUAAUUCUGGCGCUUUUGGGGUUAAUUUUGAUAAAAAUGACAAUAGGAAUGUUCAAAAUUAUGGCUCAAACAUCAAAACUGAUGCUUUUGGGGUUAAUUUUGGCCAAAAAGUUGAUCAAAAUGGAAGAAUUAAUUUGGCGGGAAAUUUGAAUACCAAUAUUGAUCAAUUUGAAGUUAAUUCUGGCGCCUUUGGGGUUAAUUUUGAUAAAAAUGAGCAUGGGAAUGUUCAAAAUUAUGGCUCAAACAUAAAAACUGAUGGUUUUGGGGUUAAUUUCGGUCAAAAAGUUGAUCAAAAUGAGAAAAUUGAUUUAAAUUCAAAUAUUGGUCAAUUUGAGGUUAAUUCUGGCGCUUUUGGGGUUAAUUUUGAUAAAAAUGAGCAUGGGAAUGUUCAAAAUUAUGGCUCAAACAUAAAAACCGAUGGUUUUGGAGUUAACUUCGGUCAAAACGUUGAUCAAAAUGAGAAAAUUUCGAAUAAUGGUCAAUUUGAGGUUAAUUCUGGCACAUUUGGAAUUAAUUUUGAUAAAAAUGAGGAUAGGAAUGUUCAAAAUUAUGGCUCAAACAUUAAAACUGAUGGUUUUGGGAUUAAUUUUGGCCAAAAAGUUGAUCAAAAUGAAAGAAUUAAUUUGGCGGGAAAUUUGAAUACUAAUAUUGCUCAAUUUGAGGUUAAUUCUGACGAUUUUGGGGUUAAUUUUGAUAAAAAUGAGCAUGGGAAUGUUCAAAAUUAUGGCUCAAACAUAAAAACCGAUGGUUUUGGAGUUAACUUCGGUCAAAACGUUGAUCAAAAUGAGAAAAUUUCGAAUAAUGGUCAAUUUGAGGUUAAUUCUGGCACAUUUGGAAUUAAUUUUGAUAAAAAUGAGGAUAGGAAUGUUCAAAAUUAUGGCUCAAACAUUAAAACUGAUGGUUUUGGGAUUAAUUUUGGCCAAAAAGUUGAUCAAAAUGAAAGAAUUAAUUUGGCGGGAAAUUUGAAUACUAAUAUUGCUCAAUUUGAGGUUAAUUCUGACGAUUUUGGGGUUAAUUUUGAUAAAAAUGAGCAUGGGAAUGUUCAAAAUUAUGGCUCAAACAUAAAAACUGAUGGUUUUGGAGUUAAUUUCGGUCAAAAAGUUGAUCAAAAUGAGAAAAUUGAUUUAAAUUCAAAUAUUGGUCAAUUUGAGGUUAAUUCUGGCGCCUUUGGGGUUAAUUUUGAUAAAAAUGAUGAUAGGAAUGUUCAAAAUUAUGGCUCAAACAUUAAAACUGAUGAUUUUGGAGUUAAUUUCGGUCAAAAAGUUGAUCAAAAUGAGAAAAUUAAUUUAAAUUCAAAUAUUGGUCAAUUUGAGGUUAAUUCUGGCACCUUUGGGGUUAAUUUUGAUAAAAAUGACGAUAGAAAUGUUCAAAAUUAUGGAUCAAACAUAAGAACUGAUGGUUUUGGGGUAAAUUUCGGUCAAAAAGUUGAUCAAAAUGAGAAAAUUUCGAAUAUUGGUCAAUUUGAGGUUAAUUCUGGCACCUUUGGGGUUAAUUUUGACAAAAAUGAGGAUAGGAAUGUUCAAAAUUAUGGCUCAAACAUUAAAACUGAUGUUUUUGGGGUUAAUUUUGGCCAAAAAGUUGAUCAAAAUGAAAGAAUUAAUUUGGCGGGAAAUUUGAAUUCCAACAUUAAUCAAUUUAAGGUCAAUUCGAAUGGUUUUGAAGUUAAUUUUGGUCAAAAAUUAGAUCAAAACGUCAACCUCAACGAAUAUCAAUCAAAUUCCGAUAAAAGUUUGAAUCAAAAUGAUUUGGCGGGAAAUUUGAAUAUCGACAAAACGGAUCAAUCUUUUAUUUUAGACACCCAAGAGAUUCCAAGUCCAAAUAAAAACCUUCUUGAUAUCAGAUAUGGUAAAACCUUUGAAGGAAUUAAUCAAAAUCAAGGAAAUUUCUAUUCAAGUCAUCCAUAUUUAGCCCCAAAUUCUAAUCGAAAUGUAUUCGAACUAAAUUCAGGAGAAAAAUCUCAAAGUUACAACAACUUUGGGUUCUUUAAUGGUGGAUUUUCAAACGGAUUUAAUGCCAGAAAGACUGUUGAUAUAAUCGGCGGUGGUUUUUCGGCGGUUAAAACGUACAAAAAUGAACCAAUUUUAACCAACUUAGAAAGAAUUCCACAAAACUCACCGAUUCAAUCGAUCCAUCCGAUUAUUCCAACCGUAAAAACGGUUCAUCUCCCAGAAAAAGUCGAUUUGAAUCGAGGUGGAGUCAUCGCCAACAUCCCUCAACUUCAAAUCAACGUGGAUUCGCCCCAAAAUGAUCAUCGUGAAGGAUAUUUUUACGAAAAGCCCAAAAUUAAAUUUGAAGAGGGCGAAAAGAUAUUAGAUAAAACUAAGGCGGAUUAUGAAAGAAUUCAAGGAACGCUUCAACAAAUUGAGUUGAAUCACGAUUUUGGACAAAAAUUGGUGCAUUUUGAUCAAGUUCAAUCGAAUAUUGAAGAAAAUUCUAACCUUAAUUUAGGUCAAACUUUUGUUCAGAAUCGGCCAGCUCAUAUAAAUGUAGAUCAUGGACAAAAUUUUGAUCAAGUUGAAGAUCAAAAUGUCAAAAUUGAUCAAUCUAACCUUAAUUUAGGUCAAGGUGGUGUUAAUGUUGAGGAAUAUAAGCAAAAUCGACCGAAAUUAGUGCAUGUUUAUACAAAUGUAGAUCAUGGACAACGUUUUGAUCAAGUUAAAUCAAAUUUUGAAGAUCAAAAUGUCAAAAUUGAUCAAUCUAACCUUAAUUUAGGUCAAGGUGUUGUUAAUGUUGAGGAAUAUAACCAAAAUAGGCCGAAAUUUGUGCAAGUUCAUACAAAUAUUGAUCAUGGACAACGUUUUGAUGAAAUUAAAUCGAAUUUUGAAGAUCAAAAUGUCAAAAUUGAUCAUUCCAACCUUAAUUUAGGUCAAGGUGUUGUUAAUGUUGAGGAAUAUAACCAAAAUAGACCGAAAUUUGUGCAAAUUCAUACAAAUUUAGAUCAUGGACAACGUUUUGAUCAAAUUAAAUCAAAUUUUGAAGAUCAAAAUGUCAAAAUUGAUCAUUCCAACCUUAAUUUAGGUCAAGGUGUUGUUAAUGUUGAGGAAUAUAACCAAAAUCGACCGAAAUUUGUGCAAGUUCAUACAAAUAUUGAUCAUGGACAACGUUUUGAUGAAAUUAAAGCGAAUUUUGAAGAUCAAAAUGUCAAAAUUGAUCAUUCCAACCUUAAUUUAGGUCAAGGUGUUGUUAAUGUUGAGGAAUAUAACCAAAAUCGUCCGAAAUUUGUGCAAGUUCAUACAAAUUUAGAUCAUGGACAACGUUUUGAUCAAGUUAAAUCGAAUUUUGAAGAUCAAAAUGUCAAAAUUGAUCAAUCCAACCUUAAUUUAGGUCAAGGUGGUGUUAAUGUUGAGGAAUAUAACCAAAAUAGACCGAAAUUUGUGCAAAUUCAUACAAAUGUAGAUCAUGGACAACGUUUUGAUGAAAUUAAAUCGAAUUUUGAAGAUCAAAAUGUCAAAAUUGAUCAAUCUAACCUUAAUUUAGGUCAAGGUGUUGUUAAUGUUGAGAAUUAUAAUGAAAAUCAACCGAAAUUUGUGCGAAUUCAUACAAAUGUAGAUCAUGGACAACGUUUUGAUGAAAUUACAUCAAAUUUUGAAGAUCAAAAUGUCAAAAUUGAUCAUUCCAACCUUAAUUUAGGUCAAGGUGUUGUUAAUGUUGAGGAAUAUAACCAAAAUCGACCGAAAUUUGUGCAAAUUCAUUCAAAUGUAGAUCAUGGACAACGUUUUGAUCAAGUUAAAUCGAAUUUUGAAGAUCAAAAUGUCAAAAUUGAUCAAUCCAACCUUAAUUUAGGUCAAGGUGUUGUUAAUGUUGAGGAAUAUAAUCAAAAUCGACCGAAAUUAGUGCAAGUUCAUACAAAUGUAGAUCAUGGACAACGUUUUGAUGAAAUUAAAUCGAAUUUUGAAGAUCAAAAUGUUAAUAUUGACCAUUCUAACCUUAAUUUAGAUCAAACCAUAGUCGAUGUUGAAGCAAAUUACCAAAACCCUCCUAAAACGGUAGAAAUUCAUUCAAAUCUCGGCAAAGAUCAAUAUUUAGGCCAAGGCCAAUCAAAUUUUGAACAAAAUUCGAAUCAAAACGUCAAAAUUGCUCAUGCAACUUCACAUUCUAACCUGAAUUUAGGUCAAACUACUUUUAAUGUUGAAAAUCGACCGCAAUUUGUGCGAGUUCAAUCAAAUCUCGAUCAUGGACAACAUUUUGAACAAGAUCAAUCGAAUAUUGAUGAUAAAAACGUCAAAAUUGAUCAUUCUAACCUCAAUUUAGGUCAAACCAUUAAAGUAAAUGAUCAAAAUCAGCCUAAAGCGGUGGAAAUUCAUUCAAAUCUCGAUCAGGGUCAAUAUUUGGAGCAAGGUCAAUCAAAUUAUGAACAAAAUUCGAAUCAAAAUUUCAAAAUUGAUCAUUCUAACCUCAAUUUUGGUCAAGUAAUUUCAAAUGUUGAUCAAAAAAUAUUAAAUAUAGGUCAAAGUCGACCCAGUAAUCAAGGUUUUGAUUAUAACUCGAAUCAAAACGUCAAAAUUAAGGAUGAUUUUGGCCAAAUCACUUCUAACGUUAAUGAAUUUCAUCAAAAUUCGAAUCAAGAUGUCAAAAUUGAUGAAUAUUUGGGAUAUGAAUCGAGUUUCGGGCAAAAAUUGAAUCAAAACGUCAAAAUUGACGUUAAUUUUGACAAAAAUAAGGAAGGUGGUCAAAUUCAUUCAAAUGUUGAUCAGUAUUUUAAUUUAGAACCAGUUAAAGAAGUUCCUUUUGUCAAAACCACAGCGUAUCAAACUGGAAAUACGGAUCAAUUAAGUUUCGGACAAAAAUUGAAUAAAAAUAUCAAAAUUGACACGAAUUCUAAGUUAAAUGUUGGUCAAGUUUAUGAAAAUCAAAAAGUUGUUGAUCAAAAUCGUGUUGUUAUAACAGAAAAACCUUUUUAUCAUCAAAUUAAUCCUAUUUUGGUUAAGAAUCCUUCAAUUUUGAUCUCAUCAACUCCAAAACUUCAUUAUUUACAACCAGUUACUCAUAUUCCUUUCGUUACAACAACAACAUAUCAAAUUGGAAAUAAAAAUAUCAAAAUUGAGUCGAAUUAUGAUCAAACUAAAUCAAAAUUGAAUCAAAUUCAAUUAAAUCUUGAUGAUGAAAGUGAAAAAUCAUUAAUUUUGAUUAAAAAUGAACCAAGUCAAGAUUAUUUACCAACUAAAGUAGUCAAAAUUAAAGAAAAAGUAAAAGAUUGUCCAGAUGAAAUAGAAUUAAAUCAAGAAAAUCAAAAAGUUGUUAAAACUACUUCAAAACCAAAUAGAAUUGACUUUUAUAAUAAAAAUAAUGAAGAAGUUAAGCAAUAUUUAAUCGAAACAAGUAAAAAUAAUCAAAGAGGGAAUAAAAAAGUGAUUGAAUUCUACGAAAUUGAUCAAGAAAAGCUAAAAAAUCAAGAUAAAUUUAUUGAAAUCGAUGAAAAUAAAGAACAAAAUCAAGGAAAUCGCCGAAAAGUUACUAAAAUCACUAGAAUUAACAAAAUUAAUCAAAACAACCCACAAACUAAUUCGAUGUCUUCAACAAACGAUUUUAAUCCAAUUUUAACAUUAAAAUUAGGAGCCCAAUGCACUUGCGUUUCAAAUCCAAUCAUAAUAAAAUCAAAACCCAACAAAAACGAUCGAAUUAAUCUCGAAUCGGAUCAAUUAGAUCUCAACAAAAUCAAUUUAAAUCGAAAUAACCGCCGAAAAAGACCCAAUUUGAAUCAAAAUGACACUUCAAACGUCAAAAAUGAUAAAUUUGAGGUUACUUCUGCACGGAGUAAAAUGGUUAGGCAAAAAUUAAAUCAAAAAUUAAUUGAAGAUGACCAAAAAGUUAUUCAAAAACCAUUUAAUCGUUACGGUCCUGGUGGAUUGCGUUCAAACGAAGAAACCCUUCAAGGAAUUGAUUGUAAACGACCCGGAUUGUUUAGACACCCCACGGAGUGUUCGAAAUUUUGUUCGUGCGUUUUUGAUUCGAAAAAGAAACGGUUUAAAUUGUAUAUUUUUGAUUGUCCCGUGCAUUUAACGUUCGAUCAAACGCUGAGUGCUUGUAAUUGGCCGGGAAAGGGGCCGGCUUGCGUUAAAAACACUUUAAUUACCGUCGAUUAAUUUAUACUCGUGUUCCAAUUAGGAUUAAGAAUAAAACUUUAUAUGUAAAUAAGUAGAUUAAGGUUAAAUAAAGACGAUUUUAUUAAAA